UAGUUUUAGUUUAUAGCAUAUUGGUAAAUAUUUUUGAAAACGUAGUACUUUGGUAAAUAUUUUGUCUUUUGUUUUGUUAUAGCAUGAUGAUGGAGUGUAAAUUGCAUUUUUCAAUAUCAAUCCUAUUCAAAUUCAUUGAUCAACAAAGAAUACAAUGCAAAUUUAAACAUUUUUAUUUAAAUAGAAAUAAAAUUAAUAAUUUAAUCAUAUUUUUUAAUUUUAAUAAGUUAGUUAGAAGUACUUGAGAGAGGAAUGAAUACAUACAUACAUGUGUGUGUUGCAUUAUUCAGAUACUUCUAAUAAAGUUGGUUCGUUUUAUUUCAGACUAAUCAUUGUUAGCCCAAUUGACGGCGGGGAAGUGAUCUUGCAACGAAGUUGAGGUCCGUGCCUCUAUCCCUAGAUGGUUGAAGAGGACCAGCCUUUCACAUUCCAGUGAAGAUUGACGAAGCAUCUAGGCUGCAAUGCCCCCUUUCAUGUUUCUGCUCCUCGACAAGUGAACAGUUCAUAUGGGUAAGGAGUCGGAUUCGAACGAUUCCAAUGGAUGGAACCGUUCUCGGGGACUGGCGAUGAAGACUCUGAUACUUCUUGGAGGUGCACUUCUGGUGAAGCGACUGAGUAAGUCUACCACACGUUGGGACCAUGCUCGUAUUGUCUCUCAGUGCCUCGCCGGCGAAAAGUAUUCGAAAGAGCAAGCAUCCAGAGAUCCGGAUAAUUAUUUCAAUAUUAGAAUGCUCACAUGCCCUGCGGCAGAACUAGUGGAUGGUUCAAAGGUCCUGUAUUUUGAACAGGCUUUUUGGAGGACUCCACAAAAGCCAUUUCGGCAGAGGUUCUUAAUGGUGAAACCUUGUCCAAAAGAGUUGAAAUGUGAUGUUGAGUUAAGUACAUAUGCCAUUAGAGACAUGGAGGAGUACAAAAAUUUUUGUGAUCGCUCAAAGGGUCAACGUCCACAGCAAGAAGAAGUCAUUGGGGACAUUGCAGAGCAUUUGACAGCAAUACAUCUUAAGCGUUGUCCACGUGGAAAACGCUGCUUAUAUGAAGGUUCAACCCCUCCUGGCGGGUUUCCUAAUUCAUGGAAUGGAGCAUCCUACUGUACUACAGAUCUUGCUGUCAUGAAAAAUAAGGAGAUGCAUACCUGGGAUAGGGGUUAUGAUGAUGAUGGAAAUCAAGUUUGGGGACCAAAGGAAGGACCUUAUGAGUUCAAGCCUGCUCCAACCUCCAGUUUCAAUGAUAUGUUUUCUCCCUUGAAUUUCCCCCCUCUACCAUCCAUGGAGAGAAGAAUAGAAGGUUCAUUCAUCUUGCAAGAAUGAAAAAAAUUCGUCAUGAAUUUAUCUUGUUUCAGGAUCUUUUUGAGAGGAAGUAACCAUAUUCCCCAACUGGUCUUGUUAUACUUUGAUGGAGCUGCUGUGAAGGCAACGGACUUAGGACAUGGAGAGAACUGAAGAAAAUGACCUUGAAUCAUUUUGGAGGGAAGGGACUCCAAAUCGUGCCUUUCAGGAAUUUGUAUUUGUUAUAUUUUUACACCGUUGCAAUACACUUUUUGGUAGGUCUCUAGUUAGUCCACAGUAAUAUCUUACUGUCAAUAGUAUAGCUCAAUAUUAAAAGCAAUGGCCAACAAAUAGCUCGCUGUUUUCUGAAUCGGUAAGAUUGCUUGAAUUUUCUAGCAUAUCCUUGUAAAGUUAUGUGUAGAGCUAUGUUUCUCCA